CCCGACCCGAAUAUCCAGAUCGCUCCUCAAAUUAUCUAUCUCUUCACGCUUUACUGUGUGUUCUAGUGAAUCCAGAUUUACACAUUGCGCUAAAUCACGAACUUCAAUCAAGUAGCCUGAACGAUAUUCCGAGAUCUUCUUCUAAAAUUUGUCGUGCGUCGCGAUUUUCUCUCUUUAGAGUUGAAUGCGUGGCGCGAUUUUCACCGAUUCCACCUGUGGAUGCUUUUGAAGGUCUAUGAUAGGGCAUGGCGACUAAGAGGGCAUCACAAUCUGGCGGGGGCAAGAGUAAAGGAAUUGGAUCUCGCGUGUUAGCUUCCAUCUUCGUCUUUUUCCUCACAUUCGUCUCCUUCUCCUUUCUAUUCGUCGGCCGCGGCCUUUUCGUCACCGCCUCUUCCGGUCAAAAUGAAUUAUCAAUAUUGUCCAGCAGACAGCAGGAUUUAGAUUGGAGAAGGAGGCUGGCAUUGCAACAUCUUAAUUCUUUAUUCUCGAAAGAUGUAAUUGACGUGAUUAAUGCCAGUGCAAAUGAUUUGGGGCCUUUAAAUAUCGACUUUUUUCGAAAAGAGAAAUUGUCCGCCUCUUGGAAAGUAGCUGGGUACAAAAGGUCUGCUGAUAAUGCCACUUCUGCUGAGGUCACUGGAGAAGCUUUGAAGACCAAACAAGAAAAAUCUAGAUUUAAGGAGGAACGUACUUCAAAUGAAGAUAAUUCCAUUUUCUUUGAGACACCAGCUAAAUUGGCUCGAAGACAACUGAGAGAAAAAAGGCUUGAAAAGCGUGUUGCUGACAUGCUUAAACAAGAUGAUGAAGUGACUGUAAAGCUGGAAAAUGCUGCCAUUGAGCGUUCUAAAUCAGUGGACUCUGCAGUUUUAGGGAAAUAUAGCAUCUGGAGGAGAGACAUUGAUAGUGAAAACACUGAUUCAACUAUACGCUUGAUACGUGAUCAAAUGAUAAUGGCAAGGGUAUAUACAAGUCUUGCAAGGAUGAAAAACAAGACUGAUUUGGCCAAUGAGUUGCAGAAUCGGCUCAAGGAAAGCCAGCGUUCUCUAGGAGAUGCAAAUGUUGAUUCUGAUCUGCAUCACAGUGCACCUGAAAAGAUUAAACUGAUGGGCCAAGUGCUGUCUAAAGCUAAAGAGGAAUUGUACAACUGCAACCUUGUCACUGGGAAACUAAGAGCCAUGCUGCAAUCUGCGGAUGAGCAAGUCAGGAGUCUGAAAAAGCAGAGCACAUUCCUUAGCCAGCUAGCUGCAAAGACAAUACCAAAUGGGCUUCACUGUCUGGCCAUGCGCUUGACUAUAGAUUAUUACCUCCUCCCACCUGAGAAAAGAAAGUUCCCUCGGAGUGAGAAUCUGGAAAACCCAAAUCUUUACCAUUAUGCCCUAUUUUCGGAUAAUGUUCUUGCUGCUUCAGUAGUGGUCAACUCAGCAAUUAUGAAUGCCAAGGAUCCUGGGAAACACGUUUUCCAUCUUGUUACUGAUAAGUUGAACUUUGGUGCGAUGAAUAUGUGGUUUCUAUUGAAUCCCCCGGGUAAAGCUACAAUCCAUGUUGAAAAUGUAGAUGAAUUCAAGUGGCUGAACUCAUCAUAUUGUCCUGUUCUACGUCAAUUGGAGUCUGCUGCUAUGAAAGAGUACUAUUUCAAGGCGGCUCAUCCCACCACACUAUCUGCUGGUUCCUCUAACCUGAAGUACAGGAACCCAAAGUAUCUUUCAAUGCUUAACCAUCUAAGGUUCUAUCUCCCACAGGUCUAUCCUAAAUUGGACAAAAUUCUUUUCCUUGAUGAUGACAUUGUUGUUCAGAAAGACUUGACUGGGCUUUGGUCGGUUGAUCUCCAUGGAAAAGUUAAUGGUGCAGUUGAAACAUGUGGUGAGAGCUUCCAUCGGUUUGACAAAUAUCUGAACUUCUCCAAUCCCCACAUUUCUAAGAACUUUGAUCCCAAUGCUUGUGGAUGGGCAUAUGGAAUGAACAUGUUCGAUCUAAAGGAGUGGAAGAAGAAGGAUAUAACCGGCAUAUACCACAAAUGGCAGAAUAUGAAUGAAGACAGGGUGCUGUGGAAGCUUGGGACUCUACCUCCAGGUCUGAUUACCUUUUACGGGCUGACUCAUCCACUCGAAAAGUCAUGGCACGUGCUUGGUCUGGGUUACAAUCCCAGCAUUGACAAGACAGACAUAGAGAAUGCAGCCGUUGUACAUUACAAUGGGAACAUGAAACCAUGGUUAGAACUGGCAAUGACCAAGUAUAAGCCAUAUUGGACCAAGUAUGUAAAGUACGACCACCCAUAUGUACGCAACUGCAAACUGAGCGAAUGAUGGAGCGUUGGAACAGGCUGAUCAGCAAGCUGGUAUAGCUGGAUUAAAUCUGGUGAAGCAAAGUUCCUGCAAUUGGAAUUUGUCUUUAAACGAAAGAUUAAACUCUUAGCGGCGGCUCAUCCUUGUUUACUUGCUCACGGAAAAUGUGCUUGUUGUUAGAUAAGGAUGAUGGAGUUGCUAAUUGUAUUCUUUGAACACCCUACUUAAUGUUUAGAUGUAAGAUUUAAUGGGACUUAGGUAUUUAUUUCCUUGUGUAAACUUGUCAUUGUGGUUGUGGUUAUUGCUAGCUAUGAAGUGAGGGAAACGAAUUGAAUAAAUUCAAUACUUUAUAUUCAAUUUA